GAGUUUUCCUUCAUUCUCCUGUUGCUUUUUAGUGCUACUUUGCCAUCAUUCUGAGAAGGCGGGAACUGUAAGCACUUCUACCUCAAGUUUGCACAAAGGGAAAAUGGUGGCCGAAGCCAGCUUGGAUGGAGAUAUUACUUCAACUGAGAUGACAGGAUCAACAAGUCAUCCACCAGUUCUUGGUCCUGAAAAUACCCAAGAAAUGGCUGGUUCCAAGAAGAACAAGGUGAAGGACGAAAGCAAAAAAACAGUACCAUUUUAUAAGCUCUUCUCAUUUGCAGACUCUUGGGAUUAUCUACUGAUGUUUGUUGGGACAAUAAGUGCUAUUGGGAAUGGAAUUUCUUUGCCUUUAAUGACUAUAAUUAUUGGAGAUGCAAUUGAUGCUUUUGGAGGAAAUGUUAACACUAAACAAGUAGUUCAUGAAGUUUCCAAGGUGUCUCUGAAGUUUGCAAUCACGGGUGCAGGUGCCUUUAUUGCAGCCUUUUUGCAGGUGGCUUGCUGGGUGAUCACCGGAGAAAGACAAUCUGCAAGAAUAAGAGGCUUAUACCUCAAAGCAAUUUUGAGGCAAGAUGUCAGCUUCUUUGACAAGGAAACGAACAGUGGUGAGGUUGUUGGAAGGAUGUCAGGUGAUACAGUUCUAAUUCAAGAUGCCAUGGGAGAGAAGGUAGGAAAAUUCAUACAGCAUGUGGCAUGUUUUUUAGGAGGUUUUGUCAUAGCAUUCAUCAAGGGUUGGCUUCUAUCCCUUGUCCUUCUAUCUUCUCUUCCGCUUCUUGUCCUCUCCGGUUCCAUUAUGAGCUUUGCUUUUGCAAAGAUGGCAUCCCGUGGACAAGCAGCUUAUUCUGAAGCAGCAACUAUAGUAGAGCGGACAAUUGGUUCAAUUCGAACUGUUGCAUCAUUUACCGGAGAGAAGCAAGCUAUAGCUCAAUAUAAUCAAUCCUUGACCAAAGCUUACAUGGCUGGAGUGCAAGAGGGCUUGGCUGUUGGUUUAGGCCUUGGUUCAUUUCGUUUAAUUGCUUACAGCAGUUAUGCUUUGGCUGUAUGGUUUGGAGGGAAGAUGGUACUAGAGAAAGGUUAUACAGGAGGUGAAGUCAUGAGUAUAUUUUUUGCAGUACUGACUGGCUCCAUGUCUCUGGGGCAGGCAACUCCAAGCUUAACCGCAUUUGCUGCGGGACAAGCUGCUUCUUUUAAAAUGUUUGAAACAAUAAAAAGGCAGCCAGAUAUUGAUGCCUAUGACACUGCUGGUAGGCAGUUUGAUGAUAUUUCUGGAGAUAUAGAACUUAGGGAGGUUUGCUUUAGUUAUCCUUCAAGACCAGAUGAACUGAUAUUCAAUGGAUUUUCUCUUUCAAUAUUAAGUGGCAGUACUGUAGCUUUGGUUGGGCAAAGUGGGAGUGGGAAAUCCACAAUUGUUAGUUUGAUAGAGAGGUUUUAUGAUCCACAGGCUGGUGAAGUUCUCAUUGAUGGUAUCAACCUCAGAGAAUUUCAACUGAAAUGGAUCAGACAGAAAAUAGGCCUUGUCAGCCAGGAACCGGUUCUCUUUACUUGUAGCAUUAAAGAGAAUAUUGGCUAUGGUAAGGAUGCGGCAACAGAUGAAGAAAUCAGAGCUGCAGCAGAACUUGCUAAUGCUGUUAAAUUCAUAGAUAAAUUUCCCCAUGGACUUGACACGAUGGUUGGCGAGCAUGGAACUCAACUUUCUGGGGGUCAAAAGCAAAGAAUUGCUAUAGCAAGGGCAAUUCUGAAAGACCCAAGAAUUCUCCUCCUUGAUGAAGCUACAAGUGCCCUUGAUGCAGAAUCUGAAAGAGUUGUACAAGAGACACUAGACAGAAUUAUGACAAACCGAACAACUGUGGUUGUAGCCCACCGGCUAAGCACAAUAAGGAAUGCUGAUAUCAUUGCCGUUAUUCAGCAAGGAAAAGUAGUAGAAAAAGGUACACAUGCUGAGCUCACUAAAGACCCUGAUGGAGUUUUUAGCCAGCUCAUUAGAUUGCAAGAGAUCAAAAGGGAAUCAGAACAGCACGUUGCAAAUGACUCAGGCAGGCUAGAAAACUUGGUAGAUUCAGGAAGACAAUCAAGCCAACAGUUUUCUUUCCCUCGGUCUUUAAGCCGGGACUCAUCUGGAUCUGGAAACAGCAGUCGCCAAUCAUUCAGAGUAUCAAGUGCUGCUAUGCCUACCACACUUGGUCUCUUGGAGACAUCAGAGGGAGGUCCUGAAGUUCUUCCUUCAGCAGCAUCCCAUACACCUUCAGAAGUCCCAUUUCUCCGCAUUGCUUGUCUUAACAAGCCUGAAAUCCCAGUGUUACUCAUAGGGACUCUAGCAGCAGCGGUAUCUGGGGCAAUACUACCCAUUCUGGGGCUUCUAGUCUCCAGCAUGAUAAAUACUUUCUUUGAGCCUGCAGAUGAACUCCGUAAAGACUCAAAGUUUUGGGCAUUAAUAUUUUUUGUCCUUAGCGUGGCUGCCUUCUUAUUUCAUCCAUUGAGGUCCUACUUUUUUGCUGUAGCUGGUUCUAAGUUGAUAAAAAGGAUCCGGCUAAUGUGUUUUGAGAAAAUAAUUCACAUGGAAGUAGGCUGGUUUGAUCAAGCCGAGCAUUCAAGUGGAGCACUCGGAGCAAGGUUGUCAACUGAUGCUGCUUCAAUUCGAGCUUUGGUUGGGGAUGCACUUGGUUUGCUGGUUCAAGAUAUGGCUACAGCAAUUACAGCCUUGGUAAUUUCCUUUGAGGCAAACUGGCAGCUUUCUCUCAUCGUUCUUGUUUUGCUACCUCUACUACUAGUUAAUGGACAUGUGCAAGUCAGGUCCAUGCAAGGAUUCAGCACAGAUGCAAAGAAACUAUAUGAGGAAGCAAGUGAAGUAGCAAAUGAUGCAGUAGGGAAUAUCAGAACAGUUGCGGCUUUCUGUGCUGAAGAGAAGGUGAUGGAAUUAUACCAGAAGAAAUGUUUAGGACCAAUCCAGACAGGUAUAAGGCAAGGUUUAGUCAGCGGAACUGGUUUCGGGUUAUCACUGUUCUUUCUGUUCUCUGUCUAUGCGUGCAGUUUUUAUGCCGGAGCCAGGCUUGUUAAGGAUGGCAAAUCAUCAGUGUCAGAUGUUUUCCGUGUCUUUUUUGUUCUCACAAUGGCAGCUGUAGCAAUAUCUCAAUCUGCCUUCACAGCCCCAGGCGUGAACAAAGCAAAAAGUUCUGCAGCUUCUAUAUUUGCCAUUCUUGAUCAGAAAUCAAAAAUAGAUCCCAGUGAUGAGUCCGGAAUGACAUUGCAAGAUGUGAAGGGAGAGAUUGAGUUCCACCAUGUCACUUUCAAGUAUCCAACCAGGCCUAAUGUUCACAUAUUCAGAGAUCUUUCCUUGACAAUUCAUUCAGGAAAGACAGUUGCCCUAGUAGGAGAAAGUGGAAGUGGGAAGUCAACAGUGAUCUCAUUGUUGCAAAGAUUUUAUGAUCCAGAUUCAGGUCAGAUUACACUGGAUGGAACAAAAAUCCAAAAGCUACAACUCAAAUGGUUUAGGCAGCAGAUGGGCCUGGUAAGCCAGGAGCCCGUGUUGUUUAAUGACACAAUCCGAGCCAAUAUUGCAUAUGGAAAGGGUGGUGAUGCAACUGAAGCUGAAAUUAUAGCUUCAGCAGAACUGGCAAAUGCCCACAAGUUCAUUAGCAGUUUGCAGCAGGGCUAUGAUACAGUUGUAGGGGAGAGAGGGAUUCAACUAUCUGGAGGUCAGAAACAGCGAGUGGCAAUAGCAAGAGCAAUAGUGAAGAGUCCAAUGAUUUUACUACUAGAUGAAGCCACAAGUGCACUUGAUGCUGAGUCUGAAAAAGUGGUUCAAGAUGCACUUGACCAUGUAAGGGUGGACAGAACCACAAUUGUGGUGGCCCACAGGUUAUCCACCAUAAAGGGUGCAGAUUUAAUAGCUGUGGUUAAAAAUGGAGUCAUUGCAGAGAAAGGAAAGCAUGACACUCUGCUCAAUAAGGGUGGUACAUAUGCUUCCUUAAUAGCACUGCACACAAGUGCUUCUUAA